CCAUCCUACUCUAUCCAUUUGCUUUUGUGCAAAUAAAAAAGAAAUAUGACACCAUUACUACACUGAAGGAUGAUUCUUCUUUCCUCUUUGAAACUGAUAAUAUAUAUAUAUAUAUAUAUAUAUGUAUACUUUAUUUAACCAUCAGUUCUAUUGACAGUAGUACACAGUUGUGAAAAAUAAGUCGUGCAAAUAAUUGUUAAUAUGUCUUCUGAUUUAACUGGACUUUUAUUACUAUUAUUUAGUUUAACCGCCUUGUCAAGUUUAACAUUGGACACUGUUUUGCGUGGUCAAGUUAUUUACAAUGGUGAAGUUUCCAUUCCAUCAGAUGCCCUUCUCGUGCUUGAACUACGUGAUACAACAGUACAAGAUUCAGCAGGCAUUACUAUUGCCAGACUUGAACAAAUCGUGACCGAAUUUCCUAUAAAGUUUGAACUGCAAUAUCCGUCAAGCAAAAUUGAAGCAAGAGAUAGAUAUUCAAUGUCUGUUCGAAUCGAAAGCAAAACGGGUCAUUUAUAUUUUAUCAAUGAACAAUUAAUAACAGUUAAGCCUAUAGGAAAUGAACGAACAGAAACUAUCGAUAUUCCUGUGAUUAAAGCAUAG